AUGACUUACAUCCACUGCAGCCAGAGCAUUGCAUGGUUAGGUAACCCAAGAGUGACCCUUCAGGAAGCGGUAGAAGCCAGGCCUAGGAAAGCGGUUUUCUUGACUCGUUACCGUCGACCCCCUUCCCGUCGCGCCUCCUUGAAAGCCCAACAAAGUUGGCAAGUACCUCUCAAGUCGAACUCUAGCUGCUAA